UAAAAUGAUCUUCUGUAACAUUGUUUCCUCGACGCAUACAGUUAGAGAGGCCACAAACUCCAUUGUCCAUGAUGCUUUGCUGCAUGAUUUGUGAUUGGCUAGUGAACGACGAGCGUCAUUCAACGUAAUCUGAAGGCGCGCGCGAAACUCCCAAGAGCGUCCUCGAGCGUUUGUUGGAGUUUUCGACUUUUACUUUUCAACGCGUUACAAGUCUUAUCCGCAUUUAAUUAUUGGAUUUAUGGAUUUCCAAAAUGUCCUGUCAUGUUCACAAUGACUCAUUUCCUUACAGUGUCCCGUGUUUCGCGUUUUAUACCGAGUAACGUCUGGCGCGUGCUGUGACUGAACGACGGCUAACGGUCAGCUGGUUGUGGGUCGCAGGUAAUUAGUUACAGACCCAAACACAAGCGUUACCCGCCGUUGCGGUUGGUAGCGCGACGCUCGGGAUGUCAGCGCUGGUACAACAUCCCGGAUACGAGGAGGAGAGCCUCCAGAGGGUCUCCGUGCAGCUGCCCUGCAGAGAGGUCCAGGCGGGCAUGCUGCUGUCGCUCAUGGGGCAGCCUCACCAGUACAGCUACCCCUCGAUCUUCAUCUACGGUCACCGGUCUUCGGGGAAGAGUCACGUGAUGCAUGUUUUGCUGAAGGAACUUCAGCUGCCUCACGCCACAGUCAGCUGUGUCGAAUGCCUCUCCGUGGCGGUGCUGUUUGAACAAGUCCUGCUGUCCUUCUUCAGCUGCGACGCCGCCUCGCUGCUCCCCCGCAGUCCCUCCCUGUCUGACUUUGUCCGUGUCUACCGACAGCAGUGCUCCCAGUGUCCCGCCAAGCAAACGCGCUACAUUGUGAUGGAAAAAGCUGAGCUUCUGAGAGACGCCGAUGCCAACCUCCUCCCUGCCCUCCUGCGUCUUCAGGAAUUGGUUGAGGACAACGUCACCGUCAUCCUGCUCAGUGAAAUCGUGUGGGACAAGUUCAGACCAAACACCGGCUGUUUCGAGCCCCUUUUGCUCCAUUUCCCAGACUACAGUAAAGGUGAGCUUCAGCAGGUGUUGUCCCGGGACAAACAUCCUUCAUACUCUGCUGAGUUUUACUCGUCCUACAUCAACAUCCUGCUGGGAGUCUUUUACUCCGUCUGUCGGGACCUCAGAGAGCUGCGCCACCUGGCUGCCCUGAACUUUUCAAAGUUCUGCGAGCCGUUAGCCGAAGGAAAAGUGAAAGAGACGGACACACACAAGCUGUGGAGAAACAUUGAGCCUCAUCUGAAGAAAGCCAUGGGGACCGUCUACCUGCGAGAGGUGUCCAGUCUUCAGUGGGAGCAGAUGCAGCAAAUGGAGGAGAAGGAUACCGGAGCUGUGAGAGGUUUAUCUGCUCACACUCACGUUGAACUGCCUUAUUACUCCAAGUUCCUGCUGAUUGCCGCCUACCUGGCGUCCUACAACCCGGCCCGCACGGAUAAGCGCUUCUUUCUGAAGCACCACGGUAAAAUACGAAAAACCAACUUCCUGAAGAAAAAUGAAAAGACGAGUAACCAUCUGCUGGGGCCAAAGCCGUUUCCUCUGGACCGCCUGCUCGCCAUUUUCUACAGUGUGGUGGACAGCCGAGUGGCCCCCACUGCCAGCAUCUUCUCCCAGAUCUCCUCCCUGGUGACCUUACAGCUGUUGACUCAGGUCAGUCACGACGACCAGCUCGACGCCCCCAAGUACAAAUGCGCCGUUUCCAUGGACUUCAUCUGCGCCAUCUCCAGGACGGUGAAUUUUGAGAUUGUCCAGUAUCUUUAUGACUUCCUGUGAGCCUGCUGAGAAUAAAGGAGACGACACACAAACCGCAAGACAAAAGAGUUAUUUAUGUAUUAAAAGAAGCAAAGGGAAGCGCUUGAGCCAAUGGUAGGAACUUCUCUGGAGGAAUGUUUAUCCAAUCAUGUUGCUGCCCCCCUGUGGUUGCUGUAAAAUAAACGCCAUAUUGGCAACGUCA